UCGCACAUGCGCGGUGUUGCGUCCGCUCGCGUUUUCUCACGCGCAGUCAAUGGAGUCACUGCGUGUUUUUGGAAAUACAGACUUCUAUGAAUAUUCAUUAACAGAUCAGUUUAUAAUAAUUCAUUUAAAUAGUUUAUAAUCGGAUUCCAGCUGUUGCUUGAUGUCAGUGAGGUGUCCAUAUGCGUGUUUAACACGGCGUUGCGAUUCACUGCGGCCUGACGAUUAAAUCUCUAUUAUUAAACUAUUAAACUAUUAUCAUAGUUUAGUUUUCAGUCAGUAUUCAAGUGUGUGGACUCAUGUAAAUAUGGCAGACGAGGGAGCGGUUGUGAUUCAGCAGAUUGUGGACAGGAGUUGCUGGGUGUGUUUUGCCACAGAUGAGGAUGAUCGGACUGCGGAGUGGGUGCGCCCGUGCCGCUGUCGUGGUUCCACUAAGUGGGUUCAUCAAUCGUGUCUUCAGCGCUGGGUUGAUGAGAAGCAGAGGGGAAACAGCACCGCACGUGUCGCCUGCCCACAAUGCAAUGCUGAGUACCUUAUCGUGUUCCCUAAGCUUGGGCCGGUGGUGUAUGUGCUGGAUCUGGCAGACCGGUUGAUCUCGAAGGCCUGCCCGUUUGCUGCUGCUGGAAUCAUGGUGGGAUCCAUCUACUGGACGGCCGUCACGUACGGGGCUGUGACUGUCAUGCAGGUUGUGGGUCAUAAGGAAGGUCUGGAUGUGAUGGAACGGGCCGAUCCUCUCUUCUUGUUGAUCGGCCUGCCCACCAUCCCGGUUAUGCUUAUUCUGGGGAAGAUGAUUCGCUGGGAAGAUUACGUGCUCCGCAUCUGGAGGAAAUACUCCAAUAAGCUUCAGAUCCUCAACAGUAUCUUUCCAGGUAUCGGCUGCCCAGUGCCCAGGAUCCCGGCAGAGGCCAGUCCGCUGGCCGAUCACGUGUCAGCCACACGGAUCCUGUGCGGAGCCCUCGUGUUCCCCACCAUCGCCACCAUCGUGGGUAAACUGAUGUUCAGCAGCGUCAACUCAAAUCUUCAGAGGACCAUUCUGGGUGGCAUUGCAUUUGUGGCUAUUAAAGGGGCGUUUAAGGUCUAUUUCAAGCAGCAGCAGUAUCUCCGGCAGGCUCAUCGCAAGAUCCUUAAUUUCCCCGAGCUGGAAGAGGCCUGAGCUCAUCAACCGAUUCAAUCCACCGCCAUGCUUUAAGAGACACUACCGCGCCGCCACACUACUGGACAUGUUUUCCAGACGCUGGAUUUGGUUUUCUUUUCCCUGUGAAUGUGACUCUUCUGUUUGGAGUUUGAACAGUGAAUCAGCUUUAUUUCAGUCGACAUAAUCAGGCCGAGGAGUCGUGUGUUACUUAUUUUAUGGGCUUUGACCUUUUAAGAAAGAGAUUGAGGAAAAAUAAAUAUUGGAAGAACGUUUUAUAUUAAUAAGUGAUUGUUUUAUAUUGAAUUAGAAAUGUUUGGGUGAAUCCACAUCUUUCUGAAGCUUUGCAACAACAUAAAAUUACUUUUGCUGGUUCGUCCUCCAUUAAUUAGCCUAACAAAUGGAAUAUUAAACAAUAGAGGUAAACAUAAAUAUCUAAAGCAGUUCAUAAUGAGCUAAUAAAAUAACCUUUAUUGUGUGGUGGUUCUUCUCAGAUAAACUACUCAAAGAAAUGUACCCAUUUCACCCAAAAAUAAAAUAUAUUUUGCUUUUUGUUUCAAUAUGAAUUAGAUUUAGUAUGUAUCAUAUACUACUAGGCUAUAAAAUAUACUUAAAAUUAUGCUUUACAAAUAUUUCACAAAUCAAAAAAUCCUAACAAUAGGCUUUUUGAAACAGUUUUAUGCUGAUUAUGGGGGGAAAUAUGAUCCUGACAGCUUUUGUGAUAUUCAUCGUGUUGCCUGCCUUCACAUAAUUUGAUCGGCCGAUCAUCUUUAUUUUCCAUCUUUGUAGUGUUGAUGUCUGAGUUUCAGGGAGUCACUUUUAUAAUUCAGAAAUCAUGUGGUAAUUUGAUUUAGUGUGUUAAGAGCCUUGUAGAAACUAAGAAUCCAGUCUGAGUGUUUGGUCGCUGAUCGAUUACUCUAUUAAAACAUGGUAACCGGAUGCCUCAUAACUGCUGUUAAUAAACCUGUUUCAUAAUAGAUAAA